AGAAAUUAUCGAUUAAUAGCAAAAAAUAAAUCGAAUAAUGAUUCAUAUAUUCUAGGACUACAUAGUGGAAAGAGAGCCGAAGAAAAAGACAGUAAAUCUAAUAGAAAUUCAUUAAAGGUGUAAUAUUAUACAGAUGUUAUAGAUUUUAAUAAAGGAAUGUUUCAUGGAAAACAUUUCCAUUUUGGAAAAUAUGUAAUCAAAAAUAUAGAUUGUGACGAACCUCUUGAAAAUAAUAGGUGAAUUUUUGAUGUAACAUUAAAAUAAAUAAAAUUUAGAAAUUACGGCUUUGGAAUUGCCAUAUUUCUUCUUUUUUCCUGUUUUCGAUUAGGAUACACGAUAUUAUAUCAUUGUAAAUUGUUGGAAGUGAUAAGGGGAAAGCAUAUGAGUUUAGAAUCAGUUUUUUAUGAAAAACAGCAGGAAGUAUUAAAGGCUUCGGAAAUGCGUAUAAUAUUAUAUAUCAUAGGUAUCAUUAUGUUGUCUGUUAUACUUAUAGGAGAAAUUUAUAAAAUCUUAAGAAGUAAAGAAAAAUAUAAAAAAAUUAAGUUGGUAACUGAUUAA